AUGGCAAGUGAUCCGUUUUUGUCAGAUCCUUCUAGAAAAAGGAGGAAAUCUGAUAAGGUCACCAGCACCGCAAAAAAGUCGAGCAGAUCUGCCUUCCAUGAGACUCCCAGGAACAACCGUGAGCAGGAAUAUGAUGAUGAGAUAUCUAGUCAUGAUAGUGAUUCAGAAGCCGAAUUAGUCUCUGAUUCAGAAGAAAAGGCAUUGUCAUCUGAUGAAGAGUUUGCUGACGAAAGUGCAGCUGACAGAAGAAGAAGGUUAGCUAAGCAAUACUUGGAAAACAUAAAAAACGAAGAACUUGGUGAAAGUAACGAUGAGUUCUUUGAUGCACAGGACAUUGAUAAUGAUAUAAUAGCAAGAAGAUUGCAAACAGAUGUAGCUGAAGAAAAGGGAUAUAUCUACAAGUUUAUUGGUGAUAGAAUUUCUUCACAGAUCGACGAUGUUGCUGUUAAAACAACUAGAAUCGGUCUGAAAAAUCUUACUGCGAUAGCAGUUAGAUACCCUUAUCUCUACACAACUUCGAAGGAUAUCGAAUUAAUUAAGUGGAAUAUUAGCGUCGAUAAGAGGGCCCCACAACGUCUAAGACAUACUAAAGGUGGUUUCAAGCACUUCGAGUUGAAGAGUAAUCCGAGCUUGAAUCAUCAUUGUGAUCAGAUUAAUUGUGUUGCUGCUUCCCCUGAUGGUCAAUAUAUAGUAACAGGAGGAAAUGACUCUAGGUUAAUUAUUUGGUCAUCUGAAAACCUUGCAUGUUUAAAAGUAUUAGAAACUAGAGCGCCCGUGAACUCGAUAGCAUUUAGACGAAACACCGAUCAGUUGUUUGCUGCAUGUGCUGACCUUAAAGUCAAAACAUUUUCGAUUAACCAGUUUUGUCAGCUUGAGGUCUUAUAUGGACAUCAGGAUAAUAUUUCUGAUAUAACGUCAUUGUCUAGAGAAACAUGUGUUUCUGUUGGUUCUAGAGAUAAGACUGCGAUGUUUUGGAAGAUUGCUGAAGAAUCUCGUUUAACAUUUCGUGGGGGUGACUCCAGUGAAGGUAAAAGGAAGUCAAGAAAGAAUGAUGAUGCUCAGGGUGACACAGAUAAUGAACCAUUUUUUUUCGAGGGAUCAAUAGAUGUCGUUUCGAUGAAUGACGAGACACAUUUUGUAACAGGUUCAGAUAAUGGAAAUCUUUCUCUUUGGUCAUUGUCGAAAAAGAAACCCUUAUUCACUCAUAGAAUUUCACAUGGUUUAAAAGACAGAUUGCUUCCUAAGAAAGCAAGUGCAGAAUCGGCUCCGAAAAUAGCAGAACUUCAAAUACCUGAACCACAACCAUACUGGAUUACUGCUACUCAUGCGAUACCUUUUAGUGAUAUAUUUGUGACGGGUUCCUAUAACGGAUCCGUCAAACUUUGGAAAAUUGACAAAGAAGGUUUAAGGUCCUUUAGUCUUAUCGGAGAAAUAAAUGAUGUUAAAGGAUGUGUUGUGGGCAUCGAAAGCGUGGAAAUUCCAGAAAGCAAAAAAUUGGUCAUAUACGUCUUGACUAGUAAGGAGCACAAAUUUGGUAGAUGGCUAAAUAAGAUAGAUGGUGCUAGGAACGCCUUGAUAAGUUUUGCAUUCGACACCUAA